AUGCCUUGUCGUGGUGGAAGCUUUGAUUACGGAUCCACAGCACUCAAUACAAUUUCCAGGGAGAGCAUAAUCGAGGUCCUUGCCAUUAUCCUUGGAUUGACCAAUGAUGAUAACAAUAUUCAUCAAAUUAAUUCUCAAAAAUCAUCCAUCGAGCAAAUUAAUAAUGAAUUGACUGUCUAUCACUAUGGUUACAGAUCGGAGAGAAUUUCUCUCUCCAAUCAUUUGCUAUUGAAAGGGAAAUAUGCAUUGAAAAUUAGGAGAAUGUUUAUUGUUUGGAUUGGUGAGGAGGAAAUUAAUGGUUGGUUUGUUCCGAAUCGAUGUAAAGUAUCAGAUUCUGAUGAUGACUUGAGAUUUGAUCCACUUAAUCAAUUUGUGAAUUAUAGUUAUGAUGAGGAUGGCAAUGCAAUGAUUGAUAAUUUGGAGUUGUGUAGACGAUCAAUAGUUGUGGAUUUUAAUUGUGGAAAGGUGGCUUUUAAUUUUGAUGGAAUGAUUGUUGGUGUUGGAAGUUAUGGAUAUGGAAAUAAUAAUGAGGCACUUAAAUUGGCUUGUUUGGAACGAUUUAUUUCUACUAGUUUGCCUUCCAUGUUGGUAAAUAACGUGAAGGGAAGGCGCAGAAGUAUGAGGCCAUGGAAAAAACGAACGAAAUUAUUUAAUUUCUUUUCGUUUUUCAAAUCGAAAAAGAAGACGAAUCCAUUUCAAAUUUUAUGUGAGGUUGAGAAUGUGUUGUGUAGUAUAUUUGAAUUUAUAGAUAGUGUCGAGUUGAUUAAUGUUGUUGCCUCAGUUUCUCCUCAAUUUCAUGAACUAAUUAUUUACAACCAAGAAGGUGGCAGUCAAAUAUUUGGAGGAAGAAUGAUUCACUUUUUCAAAAAGAAUAAUAUCAUUUUAGAUUCGAAAGAUGUGAAAUAUUUAAUGAUGAUACAUCAAACUGAAUCGUGUAUUGAAUUUUAUCUGUUGAGUGGAAUGAUUUUUCUUGAAUAUUACAAGUAUGAAAUGUAUCAAGCUGCAUCAUCUUUCAAGAAAACGGGAGAAACUUUAUUCAUUCUUGAUCCAGCAAUGUUGAUAGAAAACGAAACAGUGUUGAGUUUUAUUGAACAGAAACGAAAAAAGAUUAUAACAAUUUCAAAAACGACAUCCUAUGCAAAUGUAACAAACAGCAUUCCUUUUGAGAAGAGUGAGGGUUCAUUCUUUAAAUCAAUAAUUUAUUCACCAUUCCUGAGCUCUUCCAUUAAUUUUGAAAAAGGAUUGCCUCUUUAUCUUCAAUUUUUAAAGGAUAUUACAAAAAAAUUGAAUGACUCACUAUUAAUAUUAUCCCAAGAUCCAGAUCAGGUGUGGUAUUUUGAAAAGAUGAUGGAAAAGGCGAAACAUUUCUUGAAUGAAUCAAAGCACAAGUGUUUUGAUUUUGCACCAGAUGAUGUUUUAAUUGGACUUCACUUUAUUCUAUUGGAUGAUUACUACAGUAAUUGCCCCUCUGAUUUAAUUCCUUUGAAUUUUACAAAAAUACUUGAAAAUAGAAAUAAUUUGAAUCAACAUGCCAAUUUCAGCUCAUGUGAAUUUCCAAAAGAUCUUGAAAUUGACUAUUUACAUUUACUAUCUUCAGAAGGAAAUGGUAUUGCCUUGCCAACACACCAUCCAUUUAAUCCCAAGCUCUUCUUCUAUAAUAGUCUUUCAGAAGAAAUGGCUCAAGUCAAAGAUGUGAAAGAGCAAGUCAAGUAUUUGGAAUUAUUCCUUGAUGAGCAUAUAUUCCAGCUUUCACAGGCAGAUAUCGGCCAAAAGAGUACUUACAUUCAAUUCCUCCAAGAAAAUCGACGAGUAAUGCCAACCAAAGAGGUAGAUCUCUAUUUUCAUUUUCACAUGCUCCAUUCCAUUUUCUUCUAUCAAGAAUGUAAAGCAAUUGCAAGUAAUGUAAAGAGCCACACUCUCCUCUUUAAAUCCCAGGACGAUGAUAGCAAAAACAUUCCACCAGGACAUGAUUAUCCAGAAGAUUACAAUACGCAAUUUUAG